AUGCUGAGUCAGCUCGAGUGGCAUGAGAUUGUCGAGAUCGUCGCCCAGGCCGUGGUGCCCACCCUCCCUGCCGCGGGUUGCUCUCCGCAGGGCGCCCCCAGCGCUUCCGUGAGCCCCGCCAUCUAUCCGUCCCCAGCCGCCAGAUCGAGCACCCAAAUCGCCGCGCCGUUCCCGCCCUCCACCCCCAACCUUCCCAGCGCCACGCCUGCUGUGGCCAGUGGGUUCCAGAGAGCGACGGCGAGGAUGUCCGCGGGUGGGCGUUCCCCACGACGGCAGGAGCCCCCUGCCGAUCCGUCUCCAGCUGCGAGACUGAGCGCCCGAAGCGCCGCACCAGUCCUGCCGUCUGCCCCCCACAUUCCCAGCGCCCUGCCCGCUGCGACCGGUACCCCGCCUGUUGCGACCGGUAGACGCCAGCGAACAACGGCGAGGAUGUCUACGGGCGGACGUCCCCCACGACGACAGGAGCCCUCCGUCGCUCCCUCCCUAGCCGCGGCAUCGAGUGCCCGAAGCGCCGCACCAGUCCUGCUCUCUGCCCCCCACAUUCCCAGCGCCCUGCCCGCUGCGACCGGUGCCCCGCCUGCUGCGACCGGUAGACGCCAGCGAACGACGGCAAGGAUGUCUACGGGCGGGCGUCCCCCACGACGACAGGAGCCCCCCGUCGAUCCCUCGCUAGCCGCGCCAUCGAGUGCCCGAAGCGCCGCACCAGUCCUGCUCUCUGCCCCCCGAAUUCCCAGCGCCCUGCCCGCUGCGACCGGUACCCCGCCUGUUGCGACCGGUAGACGCCAGCGAACAACGGCGAGGAUGUCUACGGGCGGGCGUCCCCCACGACGACAGGAGCCCCCCGUCGAUCCCUCGCUAGCCGCGCCAUCGAGUGCCCGAACUGCUGCCUCAUCCUCUGCCCCCAAUCCUCCCGGUACCCCGUCUGCUGAGACCGGCGCACUUCCUCAGCGCCAAAGAGCAACGGCCACCUUCUCCACACACAUCUUCGACUCUGACGAUGAGCUUGACACUGUGUCCCUUGCCCGAUCCUACCAGCCAGCGGCUUCGAUGAUGCGACACGACACGACCAUUUCUGGGUCCAGCCUCUUCCGCAAGACCACGUUCCUCCAGAGCUCAGCUUCACCACGGAAACGACAGCGAGCAGCGGACUGGGGGGACAGCCUGUUGCAUGAUGAUCCACCGCUCAUACCUCUGCCUGAGCUUUUCAACGAGGGGGGGAACGACCUGGGGGCAGAAUUUGAAUUCGAUGAGGGGCAUCCUCCGGACAAGCACCCUCGACGUCCACGAGAUACGGAUCGCCCCCUGAGGAUUUGGCUUGAGGAGGAGAUGCCCACGUUUGUGGAUGAGUUGUUGCGGUCAGCUGGGCGAGGGGACAACACAGGCAGCGGUUUCACACCGUGCAAUGCCUGCAAGAAGUCUGAUGGGACACACCGCUGUGAGCAAUGCUUUAUGGGCUCAUUGUUCUGCUCGUCGUGCCUGGUGUCUCGCCAUCGGGAGCAUCCGCUACACCACAUUGAGGCUUGGGAUGGCAUGUGCUUCGAACGAACCUCGCUGGCUAGCCUUGGGUUACGGAUCCAGAUCGGUCACGCCGGCGCUGACAGAUGUGCUGCGCCUCGCCUAGAUAAGACCACCACCUUCUGCAUUGUGCAUUCAAACGGCAUUCACGAAGUCAAUCUAGACUACUGUGAAUGUGCCGGUGCACCCAUGCACUCUGUCCAGCUUCUCCGCUCCAAGCUAUACCCCGCAACAACACUUCGUCCCGCUAGCGCUGCAACGUUUGAAGUCCUGCGAGGCUACCAACUGUUAUCAUUUGAAACCAAGUGCUCUGCCUACGAAUUCUACAAUGCACUGGCCCGGAUGACGAACAACAGCGGCAGUUUUCAGCCCCGGGACCGCUACAGUCAGUUCCUUCGAAUGACACGGGAAUGGGCCCAUAUUCAAAUGCUCAAGCGUUUCGGGCGGGCUCAUGAAACAGCCGGCUGCCGAAACAUUCCAGCUGGCUCGUGCGCGGUCCUGUGUCCAGCCUGUCCACAGCCAGGGAAGAACCUUCCACAAGAUGGGUCAUGGCGAGCUGCUCCUCCCCAUCUCCGUUUCCUUUAUGCGCUGUUCUUGGCAAUAGACGCGAACUUCCGCAUGAAGCGCAAGGCAGUGUCUUCGGAAGAGGUAGAUCCCGAUCUGAAUCAAGGGUGCGCCUUCUACAGCCAAAUUGAUGAGUAUAUGGAGCACGUCCGAGCCCACUGGGAUACAGAGCAGGAGAAGAGUAGAUGUGUGUCCCAUGAUGCUGUCAAUGAGCCAAAUCGCGAGGCUCGAGGAACAGCAUCCUCUGGAAUAGGGACGGUAGACUGCGCUCGCCAUAACAUGAAGCGUCCCAAUGGUGUUGUAGACCUGCAGAAAGGAGAGAGAUACAUCAACAUGGACUAUGCCCUGUGGAAGAGCUUGGAUGGCUAUGAUGAGCUAGUCCAGCUUGUGGUUUCGUACGAUAUUGUGUGUCAGUGGAGCCUCAACAUCUGGGAGCGAUUGAAACGAUACAAGCCAUGCCUGCAGGAGCGAGCCAGAAGCGGGGAGCGGUUCUUUCUGUGGCUGAUCCCCAAGUUCCAUCUGCCGGCCCAUAUCGAAGCGUGCAACGUCCUGUAUUCGUUUGACCUGACACCGUUUGUUGGCCGAACAGACGGUGAAGCACCGGAGCGUGGCUGGUCAAACACAAAUCCGUUGGCAGCAAGCACUCGUGAGAUGGGUCCAGGAUCGCGCCGAGAUCACAUUGACAACCAUUUCAACGACUGGAACCACAAGAAGGUGCUGGGGAUGGGGCAGCUGCUCCUGAAACACAUGCAGGACGCUAUACCCCAGAUGGUGAAUCGGAGCAUUGAGCUGCGCGACAUAGAGGAGUCGCUUCCGCAGGACACACUGGCAUCCUGGGUCACACAGAUGGAGAGAUGGGAGAAGGAUGCAUCAGAGCCAAAUCCGUUUGCUGUUGGAGAGAAGCAUGCGUCGCUUCAGGCAGUUCGGGGUCGAAUUGCAGCGGAGACGCAGGCGAUACUCGCUGGCGAUGACAGUGAUGAGGUCCGUGGGGAUCUACACGUGGCAGAGAUGAUUGCAAUGGGAAUGCAGCUAGGAGAGCAGCAGAGAGCACUUGCCAGCGACGUAAAGGCCCUCGGGAUCCACGCCACCGCACGACAGAAGACAUUGAUCCAGGAACGGGGCAAUAAGCUUUGGCGGAAGAUAGCCAGCUGGUUUGCGACACAGGCUACUUUUAUCCCUGAGGUCACAGCUAUUCGGGAGGCAGACGCCGACAAGCUUGCUGCUGCUAGCAGAAUGGAUCCUCUCCCACCAGCUCCGGCAUUCACUGCCAGGCUGUGGCUACCUUCAGAAUUAGUGGGUGAAUCUCGGUGCACGGUCAAGCAUGCAUUUGCACGCUACGAAUUUGACAUGCGAGAGGCAAGAGCCCAUGAGUGCCUGGACGAACUACGUCGCCUGUUGCUUGUGCAGAAGCAUCACUACCAAGCGAAGGAUCGCCACGCAUUUGGCGUCGCAGCCAACACCCGUGCAAAGGAGUCCCUUGACAACAUCCAGCGGCGCAUCAAACGGACUGCAGAAGAAUACCGGGCAGCAAGAGCGGCUCUGGUUGCAUUGGCUCGUCUGUUGGGUGAUGCUGCAUGGUCAAGGAUCCUGCGGCCGCUGGAAGAGAAGGACAUCCGUGGAAUGCCGCAGGCGCUUUUCGCUGAUCCCCAGCGCAAGCAGAAGAAGAAACGUACGCUGCAGACCGUGGAGGAGAGGGAGGCAGAGACUUUAGCCAAAGAGAUGUCAUGGAUCUGGCGAACCAGCCUGAAGCCAGUGGCUGAGGUAGCAUCCUCCUUGCAGAACCCUGAGACCGACAGCACAAGUUUGUCCCCUGCCGUAGCCGAACAUGAAGCACAGCUGCUCACUGCCGGGCUUCGUGUUGAAUGGGCUAAGGCUAGGGCUCGGGCAGGAAGGUGGCGGGAGGAGGUUGAUCUUCUUGAAGAAGAGAUGCGACGUGUGCUAGCGUUUGAGGAGUGGAGGGCAGCAUGGUGGAGAGAACGGAGGCUUGGCCGUGAGGCCGAGGAGCUGGGCCCAGCAAUGGACGAAGCAUUGCACGCGUAUGCUGAAAAGCAGGCACGCUUCCAUGACCGGCGAGCAGGGAAACUGCGUCACAUGUGGAAAUCAGUGCCCGGCUCAAUCGAGACAGGCCGAAAAGGUGUGGUGAGCACGGUUGAGGCCUCAGAUGCUGAAGAGGAUCUGGCCAUAGACUUGGACGUAGAUAGAUGA